GAGGAGGAGGGGUGCAGUGCGAAGCCAGCAGGUUUGGUUGAGAGACCUCGGUGGUUGCGAGGGGCGACCGGAGGCCGGCGGGAGUGGAAGCGGGGAGCGCGCUUCAUCCCCACCGACAUAGAGAGGGUGAACUCCAUUAGGAUCGGCCAUGGCUCAGCACGUCAGCUACCGGCAGCCUCCCAAACAGAGAGUGCGGCCUCCCGUCCCCAACACGAUGGACCCCAACCAGCUCUUCGAUGACACAAGCGCCUCACAGCACCCCCAGCCCGCCAGCUACACCGUCCAAGGAAUCGACGUGGGGCUUCCGAUCAACAGUUUCCUCAGCGAGCCAGUGGCAGAUUUUGCCAUGGCCUAUGGCACGACAAUCGCCAACCAAGGAAAAGACAUUGUCCAUAAAGAGCUGAACAGGUUUGUGUCCGUCAACAAGCUGAAAUAUUUCUUCACGGUCGACACCAGAUAUGUCACCAAGAAGCUGGCACUGCUCCUGUUCCCGUACACGCAUCAGAAUUGGGAGCUUGGAUACCAUGUCGACUCACGGCUGACCCCACGAGAGGAUUUUCACGCUAACGCUCCAGACCUGUACAUUCCAACCAUGGCGUUUAUUACGUACAUCCUGUUGGCUGGGGUGGCACUGGGCAUCCAACAGAGAUUUUCUCCUGAGGUGCUCGGAAUUUGUGCUAGUACAGCUCUAGUAUGGGUUAUUAUCGAGGUUUUGGCCCUCGUCCUCGCACUCUACCUGAUAUCAGUACACACUGACCUCACUACGUUUGAUCUUAUUGCCUACAGUGGAUAUAAAUAUGUUGGGAUGAUAAUCACCAUUCUAGGGGGCUUGCUGUUUGGGCGAGAUGGCUACUAUGUGGCACUGGCUUGGACCUCUUGCGCCAUCAUGUUCUUCCUAGUCCGCUCCUUGAGGAUGAAGGUCCUGUCCUCCGCCUCAGAUGGAGUUACCAGCCACAGCUCCAGGAACCAGCUGCGGAUGUAUGUCACCCUGGCUGUCGCUGCAUUUCAGCCCCUCAUCAUUUACUGGCUGACUGUUCACCUGAUUCGGUGAGGGGGCAUCCAGGGGGUAGGGGACGAGUGCUGAGCAUUGGGGCCCUGUCAUUCUACUCUGAGGUUGCGCAAGGUUAGGCUGCUGCCUCCGUCAGAAGAGCUGACGCUGGCAGUUUUUAAGGAGAGCCAAAAAGUUUCUGCUGUUUAAUUCGAAAGUUAGUCUAGCGGCCUCAGUCAGAACUAUAUGCGGUACAUAAUUCACUACAACUGCACCGUCUCUAAUGCCGUCUUUGUGAGUUGAGUGUGAGCUCGCUGUGGUGAGAGCCCUUAUUGUACAGGGUACCUUGCCCAUGAUUCAUGUGGAUUGGGGAGGGGCCGUGGCUUUUGUCCAAAAGGGGUCACGGUGUAUGGGAUAGUGUGAGAGGGCUGUUGCAUUGUCACGUUGUGAGUUAUCACUCAUUCUCAUUUGGACCAAAGCUGUGAAAACAAAAGAUGUGAGAAUAAGAGAAGAAUUGAAGCUCUCUUCUCAAAGGUUUCAGCUCAGUCAGUAUCUUACUCUGCCCUCAGAAGGUUGUGGGUUGAAGCCCCACUACACAGUACACAAUCCAGGCUGACAUUUCACUGCUGCGUUGUCUUUGAAUCAAUACGUUGAACCCAAGGCCGGAUGUGCCCUGGAUAUUCAUCACCACCAUCCCCGCCGCAUUACAGUCGUGUUCCUACAUUGAUGCUGCAGUGCAUUACACCAGUGCUGUUGCAGUGCACACCUUGUUUGUAAUGGUGAAGUUCUCAAAAGCAUGACAUCCCAGCUCGAUCCCCAGUCAUAUCGGCAACUCUUGUCCCAGUUAUCAUUUUCUGCAUUAGCCUGUCCCCUCCCAUCCACCCCCAUCUUCCUCGCCCUCUCCCAUGUUCACACCACCUCCCCUACACCCUCCGUGGAGGAGGAGGAGGGAUUAUAGCAAGAAGGAAGUGCCUUAAAAAACGGAUCCUCAUUCAAUCCUGCACUACCACCGUAACCAUUCGCAUCUUAGUCUAACUUUUAAUAAAGCUGCCAGUGUGUAGAGUGAAGAACUGGUGCCACUUUUGUUUUUAUUCGUUCACUGGAUGUAGGCGUCGCUGGCUAGGCCAGCCUUUAUUGCCCAUCCCUAAUUGCCCCUUGAGGUGGUGGUGGUGAUCUACCGCUGCCUUUCUUCCCCGUUUAAUAGUGGUAAAACUGAAGUUCGGUCCCGAAGCUCCGAGCUAGCCAUCGCCCCAGUUUUCGACCCCUGUAUCUAACAUUUGUGAGUGUUCCCCCUGCGAGGGGGGUGCUUCCUGUUCCUGCAUGGUUGUUAGUCGCCACGUUAAGAAAUGUACUUCGCAAUUCAGGAGGGACGGUAAAUCAUUCUCCCAGGGCUGUUCCUUGGCACCUGAAGUGUAUUAUUAGAACCUUUAGAACAGCUAAGCUGUUAACUCCCAUCCACGGGCAGUGGCAAAGAACAGAGUAUCCAGAUCUGCCCAAAACAGGUGGUGGUAGAGCAGGACGCCUGAACAUCUCCCUCAGACUGCUACAUGAACUGCAUUGCCAAUGAAUGGGCAUCAGCCCCAGGACUUCUAAGUGUGGCAGAUGAUAGGCGUGGAACGUCAGAAGCUGUUGAACAACCUUUGGUUUCUUCCACCAUUUGUCAGUUUGAAGAUGAAGUACCCCUUCCCCACAAAUUGGUUUGCUGUGGUUCUCAAUGUGAUCUGUUUCAAAUCCUCACCAUGCUGUUGAUUCUGUAAAUAAUAAAUAGGAUGAAUAACA